UCGUAUCAGAAUCCAAUAAGCAUUUAAUAUAUUAGUUUCCAUCUUACUUUAGUUUGUAAUUUAUUACAAUAUGGUAAAAUUUAAUUUAGAGGUUAAAGCAUCCUUAGAAAAUGUAGAAAAGCUUUCAAGUGGACAGGACCACACCUGGUUUUUGAAAAUAAAAUGUACUAGUUGUGGGGAAACAUCUGACAAAUGGCAUGAUUUAUGCCUUUCAGAAACAACUUCCCAUGCCCACGAGAAAUCAGAAAUGAAUUUCCAUAUGAAAUGUAAAUUGUGCAGCAGGGAGAACUGGAUGAACAUUAUACCUGAUAGUUUUAAAGAUUAUACGAACUCUGACUCAGAGAAGUAUAAGCAAAUUGUUACAUUUGAUUGCCGAGGAUUAGAGCCUGUAGAUUUUAGUCCUCGGGAUGGCUGGUCAGUCUCAAUUGAAGAAGGAGGGACAUUUGACAAUGUAGACCUUACUGAUAAAGAAUGGAAUGAUUACGAUGAGAAGAUUGGUCAACCAGUUGGAAUAUAUGAAUUUGAAUCGAGAAUAGUUAAGACAAAAUGAAGAUUUAACACUAAAUUUGCUAUAAAGUUAAUUCUGAA